AUGUCUAUAUUCUCAAAGAUUGAUGGGCUACUAAAGCUCGAGGAAUCCGAUGAUAUGAAGAACAGGGACAUAGUUCCCAUGCCUUUGUCCAGACGUAGGUGGGGAAUUAUCAGUUACAUAUCUUACUGGAGCAUUAUGUGCUUGUGUAUGAGUGUAUGGACAGGCGCUGUCUCUUUAUAUGCUGCUGGUUUGAAUGGCGCUCAUAUAAUGGGGAUAGUUAUUAUUGGAAAUGCGUUUAUUUCUUUGAUCGCCAUUUUGAAUAGUUUCUAUGGUUCUCAAUAUCAUAUUGGUUAUUCAGUAUACCAGCGUGUCGUUUUCGGUAUAUAUGGUUCAUACUUUGGUGUUUUGAUGAGAAGUUUGCUGUCUGUUGUUUGGUUUGCACUUCAGGCAUGGAUAGGUGGAUCGUGUGUCACUUUGCUUAUUUCUACAUGGAGUAAGAAGUAUUCGGAGAUUGCACAAUUUGGUCCAAAUGUACCAUUUACCCCUCAAGAGUUGAUAGGUUUAAUAGUAUUUUUGGCAUUGAAUUUUCCGAUACUUUUCAUAAAGCCUGAAUAUUUUGAUCUUCUACUUACCUCAUCAUCGCUGCUUACUCUGGGGGCAUGCGUUGGGUUGUUCAUAUGGGUUCUACGUCUAAAUAAUGGUCAUGUAGGAAGUCUAAUAACCAAGCCCGUUGUUUUGUCAUCUUCAGAUCUUGGAUGGAUGUGGAUUUACGGUAUAGGUUCAUGGUACUCAAGUGUUAUUGCUGCUCUUUCUAAUCAGGCGGAUUAUUCGAGAUUUAACAAGAGACCUGUUGAUUCUAUACUGGGAACAAUAAUUGGCGUUAAUCUCACUGGGUUCAUUGUACCACUGCUUGCUGUCAUAACUAAUAGUGCUUUCAAAGAAUUGUAUCCUGACGAAGACCUACAAACGCCGGCUGAUAUAUAUAAGUUGCUAUUGAUAGAUCACUACACACCUAAGGUAAGGGCUGCCUGUUGUUUUGCUGCAGUUUGUUUAAUUGUUUCUCAACUGGCUAUAUCUACUGUUGCUAAUGCUAUUCCAGGAGGAAUGGAUCUGUCUACGUUGUUUCCCAAGUACAUUAAUACAAAAAGGGGCGCAAUUGUCGUAUUUUUACUGCUCUGGCCAGCUCAGCCUUGGACAUACCUUCAAUCAGGUAAUACAUUCAUUGCCGUUAUGAACUCUUUCUCGAUUUUUAUUAGUCCAAUGGUUGCGAUUUAUAUGUGCGAAUAUUAUGUCGUUCGUAAAAGAAUUAUAAAAUUAUCCGACUGUUACUUGCACACUGCUGAAAGUACUUAUUGGUACACUAUGGGAUUAAAUAUUAAGGCUUUUAUCUGCUUUCUACUAGGAACUGCCCCUGGGUUGCCAGGUUUGAUCCAUUCUGCCAAUGAUUCUGUUGAAGUCGGUGACAGUAUUUAUUAUUUCUAUGGUUCUUUUAUAUUCCAGUUUACAAGCACCUUCUUGCUCUACUGGAUUGCGAACCUAAUAUAUCCAAGCGAGGUUGGUUCCAGAGAUGAUACAGAUUACUUUAAUACAUUUACUGAUGACGAGCUGGCUCAGUGGAACAUUGCAGGCUUUUCAGAUUAUGACAUGCUUUCUAUGGACCUACUAAAGCAGGAAUGA